ACAAAAACCAAAAGUAGGAAUUUAAAUCAAUUUUAAUCCUUUCAAUCCUCCGGCCAAAAGAGUCCGUGCGCUCGUAUAUCCUGGAUAAAAUGGAUGAGUGGAAGUUGCUCUAUCAAUUGCUGCUGUAUCUCACGAUGAUCGUGGGCUUUGUGCAACCUGACUGUGGAUGCAAUAAGCUUAAGCGACAACCAGAAGGUAGCGAACUGCCACAAGAACAGAUCAUUUUUCCCGACGAAAAUGGAAAAGCGGGAAAGAUACUCGACCUAGUGGAACAUUCCAAACGGUAUGAACACAUGAGCCUGAUUCCGGCUGGAGAAUAUCUGAUCGGUACCGACCAGCCCAUCUUUCCCGCCGAUAAAGAAUCGCCGGCGCGCCCCGUGACGGUGGCCGCUUUUUUCUUGGACCAGUACGAGGUAUCGAACAAGCAGUUCAAGGAAUUCGUAGACCAAACCGGAUACAUCACGGAAGCCGAAAAAUUCGGCGAUAGUUUCGUUUUUCAGCGAUUCCUUCCCGCGGAGGUACGCAAACAGUACGAAGAUUUUCGCGUUGCGGCAGCUCCGUGGUGGUAUAAGGUGCAGGGUGCCAGCUGGCGGUAUCCCGAGGCAGACAAAGAGCGCAGUGUGGAGCAGGACCGGUUAGACCAUCCGGUCGUACACGUGUCGUGGAAUGAUGCGGUAGCCUAUUGCCAUUGGAAGGGGAAACGUUUGCCAACGGAAGCGGAAUGGGAGGUUGCGUGUCGAGGUGGCCGCAAACAGAAACUGUUUCCCUGGGGCAAUAAGCUGUUACCGAAGGAUCAGCACCAGAUGAACAUCUGGCAGGGCGCCUUUCCGGACAGCGACCUGGCGGAGGAUGGCUGUGAUGGGACUUGUCCGGUAGGAAAGUUCCGACAAAAUCCCUACGAUCUGUAUAACAUCGUCGGCAAUGUGUGGGAGUGGACGGCCGAUUUGUGGGAUGCGACCGAGGGUAAACCAACUGCAGAGAGGAAACCGGGAGCAGAUCCACCGAAUCGAGUGAAAAAGGGUGGAUCUUAUCUGUGCCACGAAUCCUACUGUUACCGAUACCGAUGCGCUGCCCGUUCGCAAAACACCGAAGACAGUUCGGCCGGUAAUCUUGGUUUCCGGUGUGCCGCCGAUGUGGACUGAUACGCUAAACCAUCAGGGGUGCAAACAAUCUCGAAUUUACCUUAUAAUUUAUGCCUGCAAGUAUUCUGCAUUUAAAUAAAAAAAGUGUGCAUAAAAAA